AUAUCUGAAUCAAUAAUYAUCAUGUAUUCUCUUGUCUCAUCCUUAUGCAUGGUCUCUGCCCUGCUUCCAUCGGUGGCAGGGUUUGGAGUGACGCCGCCACUGCAACACCAACUUUCUUCGACGUCGUCGACGAGAACGACGAAAUUGGAURUUUUKCCGGUGGACGUGACAACACAUGUGGAUAUAUCGAAUGCAGCACAAAGCAUGUGGAUAGCAACCAUUGACUCCGAUAUUGCAAACAUCCAACUUGAAGAAUUUCGGACAGUUUUUGCGGGAGGAAUCGUGAGUCUGCGAUUGAAUGUUGCUGUGUGGGGAUAACUAUGCCGGAACGGUAUGCUUCUAAUUUUUUCGGGGCCGGUCCAGCGAAUACGAAAUCCUCGGUUGGGGUGAAUUCAACAGCAAGGCAGCGAUGGAUUGGAUUUGAUGAAUCGAUUUUGCUGCUCCGCUGUGUUUGCCGYUUUCUCUCAUUCUUGAUUUCAUGCCGUGAUUUGUUUUUGAUUUCUUUGAAGGCGGUUAUGUUUGGGGGUCUCAUCUCGACUACCCUGCUUGGCACCCUUAUCGACAAGAAGGAUUUGUAUGCAGACCUAGCGGUAGAAUCCUACAUGGACAUGGCCGACGAGCCGGAUUUCUGGAAGAAAAUGACCGAGGGCAUGAGCCCGGAGGAAAAGGAAAAAGCCAAGGAGCUCAUGGCGAAGAUCAAGGCCCAGCGGGCGGGGGAAGACGCCCCUGUCACAGAGGCACCACAGGCCCUGGCAUCGGAUGGGAGUGAAGCUAGCACCGAAACGACAACGCCGGCCCCGGUGGAAGCAACGAAGGAAGAAACCGCAAAGGCUUCGAAUGAUAUGUUUAGCGACUACUAGUGUAUUACAACUAGUGGGWAAACGUUCGUCGAUACAACAGCAUUCGCUGCCAUUGGUUUCGAAUAUUCAUUCCAAAUAUUCGUUUGCAAUUGCAGACCGUAACGGUUGAUUCCAUUUUASCCUCACAAUGCAAAAGUCAAACCAGUUCCUUUUGAAAAUGACGCUAACGAGAAUUCGUCAGUUUGUUGUGACAACUUCGCUGGACCGACAAAGAAUAGGCUCUGAACAAAACGCUGCACAUACA